ACAUCCGAGGACUUUGGCCCACAGUAACCCUGCUCGCUCGACCUUUCCCCUUCAUUUCUCACUACAGCGGCGGGCAGGGAGAUCCGGCAGUGGUUGGGCGCUCGCUCCCCUUCCCACCUCCUCCCUCUGGAGACCUAACGCUCUCCCUCCCGGCCCCUCCGCGCGGCUGCUCGUCAUGGCGGCAUUCAGCAAGUCCAUCCCUCAUAACUGCUACGAGAUCGGCCACACUUGGCAUCCUUCCUGCGGGGUCUCUUUCCUGCAGAUCACAGGGGGCGCCCUGGAGGAGUCCCUGAAGAUCUAUGCCCCCCUUUACUUGAUUGCAGCAAUUCUCCGGAAACGAAAAUUAGACUAUUAUUUACACAAAUUGCUCCCUGAGAUUCUACAAUCUGCAUCGUUUCUGACAGCUAAUGGGGCCUUGUAUAUGGCUUCCUUUUGCAUUUUAAGGAAGAUACUUGGAAAAUUCUACUCAUGGAGUCCUGGCUUUGGUGCCGCUUUGCCAGCAUCUUAUUUGGCCAUUCUAAUUGAAAGAAAAAGCAGGCGAGGGCUGCUCACAAUUUAUAUGGCCAACUUGGCCACAGAAACACUAUUCAGAAUGGGUGUAGCAAGAGGAACCAUCACAACAUUAAGAAAUGGAGAAGUCCUUUUGUUCUGCAUCACAGCUGCCAUGUACAUGUUCUUUUUCAGGUGCAAAGAUGGUUUGAAAGGAUUUAUAUUCUCUGCACUUAGAUUCAUUGUAGGGAAGGAAGAAAUUCCCACACAUUCUUAUUCACCAGAGGCAGCAUAUACAAAAGUGGAACAAAAGAAAGAGAAACAUGAAGAAAAAACAGGAAGAAUGAAUGUAAUUGCUCUAGUCAGGAACCUUGUGGAUACAGUAUGCAAGCAUGGACCAAGGCAUAGAUGUUGUAAACACUAUGAAGAUAAUUGCAUCUCUUAUUGCAUUAAAGGUUUCAUCAGGAUGUUUAGUGUGGGGUACUUGAUCCAGUGUUGCCUCCGAAUCCCCUCUGCAUUUAGGCAUCUGUUUACAAAGCCAUCGCGGCUACUUUCUCUCUUCUAUAAUAAAGAAAACUUCCAGCUUGGAGCUUUUCUUGGCUCUUUUGUUAGUAUAUACAAGGGUACCAGUUGCUUCUUACGCUGGCUCAGAAACCUGGAUGAUGAACUGCAUGCUAUUAUAGCUGGAUUUUUGGCAGGUAUAUCAAUGAUGUUUUAUAAAAGCACAACUAUUUCCAUGUACUUAGCUUCCAAAUUGGUAGAGACAAUGUAUUUCAAAGGCAUUGAAGCAGGGAAGGUUCCCUAUUUUCCUCACGCAGAUUCUAUCAUCUAUUCCAUCUCUACAGCAAUUUGCUUCCAAGCAGCUGUCAUGGAAGUUCAGACUUUGCGACCAUCUUACUGGAAGUUCCUUUUAAGGCUUACGAAGGGCAAAUUUGCUGUCAUGAACCGAAAAGUCCUUGAUGUUUUUGGUACUGGUGCAUCUAAACACUUUCAGGAUUUUGUCCCCAGGUUGGAUCCAAGAUAUACAACCGUAACACCAGAGUUGGCAACAGAGUUUUCUUGAAGAUGACUUGUAAUUUAUUAAUUUGACUAAAUAUUUCAUCCUUUUAUCCUGAGGAGCUAAUUAUGUUGAACAAAAAGAAGGGGGCCUGAACUCGAACUUCAGUGUUAUUUCAAUGAGAAAUGCUCUUUGGUUUAUUUUUCUUACCAAUCAGAAAUACUGAAGCUUUCUAGGAAGGUGUUGCUUAAUAAUUAAGCUCCCUUCAUAGCCAGAAUCUGAUUCUAGGUCACUGUAGUGGUUGACAUUAUGAUAUAUUAUUAAUUAAAUUAUGUCCAGAAGCAUUAUUAAAUAAUCUUAUGUAGAAAUGUAGUAACAAAUGAGAGUAUACUUGCAAUUACUUUAGAUGCUGUCUUUAUUUCAUUCCAAUAUAAUCCUUGGUUAAAACUAAUAAUAUUUCUACAUUUUAGGAUUUACAAAGGAUCACGGGUACAUGAUUUGGUCUGUAUUUUUUUUUUUUUUUAACUUUUUAAGUAAUUGGUAAUUAUCAUAGUAAAAUGUUUUAGAUUUGAGGUUACACUUCACAGGCAAUGCUGCUUUAGUAUAGAGCAAUUUAAUUGGAGAAAGUGGCCAUUCUUACUUCAGGGAUGCAAAGAUGGGUCGCAUUUAUGCCAUUUGGAUAAAUGCUGUGGUGUCCAUGACCGGUUGGGCUAUCUGGCAGCCCAGUGAUCUUAAGUACUAACUAAUGGCUGGUUAGGAGGAAAUAGAAAUUGGCACAUCUGAUAAAAUUGAAAUGUAGUGUUUUAGUCUUUUACCAAAGCACUAAACUUGAAUAUUUAAAAAGAAAUGAAGUUAUUUUUAGUCCCCCUGUAGAUUUAUUAUGUUUAUUUUCAUUUAUCAAGAUUUAAUUCUUCAUAGCUAAGUUUAUAUGCCAUUAUUGUUUUAGAAGGGAUCAAAAUCCUAUGGAACAAAAGUAGUUUGGCAGUCUGUUCCCUCUCAAGUGUUUUACCUAUAUAAUGGAUUUCUACAACUAAAAACACUAUAAAAAAUCACUAGUUGUUAAAAAGUCCUUUUUAUCAGUAAUAGGAUCCAAGUCCUCCAGCCUCCUUUUGUAAAAAUCAUUGUCACCAUUUUUACUAUGUUAGAAUAAAGAAGUGAUAAAAUAUAGUCAACUGUUAUUAUGAAAGUUAAAGACAGCUGUGACUGAAAUGCAAUCACUCUAGAAUUUUUCAGGGAAAAGUUGUACUUAAGUUAAAAGGCUUAAAUAAUUGUGAUGUCUACAGUUAAUGUAACAUAUAUGGAUGAUGGUAUAUUUUUUUAAUGUAAUUUUGUUGCUGAAAAGUUUUUAGGCCAAUAUAAAUUAAUUAUGCAAUAGAACUUGUGUUGCAGCAAGAAUUAUAACCCAGACUUUUAAAUUGCUUAAUCCCCCAUAUUCAAUUUCAUCAAGCCUAUAUACUUUAAUCCUACCCUUGGUUGGUCUAGCAAACUGAAACCUGACAUAAAGACACACUCUGGUGCCUUGCAAUAGAGAGAAAUAAUUUGGUCAGAAUUUUGCUUUGUGAUUGAAUUUUUAGACUUGACCUUACCAUCAGGCAAUACUGUUUGUGUACAGGGUUAUUUUAGUUUUCAGACUCCAAGACUGAGUAAUAAAUUAAGUUUUAAGUUUUUAGUCACAGGAAUCAAAAUAGGGGUUGUUACUGUGUUUACUUUUAAAAAUGAAGUAUUACAGCAGUUAGAAAGGACUACUGCCUGUACCUCAUUUUCUUUAUUCAGAAAUUAUGUUUAUAAUAUUUUUCUGUUGGGUUAAAAGAAAAUCAUUUUUAUCCAUAAGUUAUUGUUUUCUUCUUGUUAAAAGACCAUGAGAUUAAAAGACAAAUUCUGUUGAAAUUUGUUGAGAUUGUUUAGUAAAUUUUGCUGGUCAAAAAGGUACAUUUCUGUGAUUUUCAUUAAAAAAAAAAUUUGCACUCAUCUUUUAUUUUAUGUAAAAUGUUAAGUGAUACAGCCACAGUGAAACAGAAUACAAUUAUGAAUGUAUACCUUGAGUGAAUAUAUAACUAAUUUGCAGUGGUGAUUUCAUUGGCACAGACUGCAAAGAGUAGUUUCUGUUCCUGAAGACGAUCAAAAUGAAUAUUGUUCUACCUUCAUCUAAUAGGGUAUUUAUUGACAAUUUCUUGGCAUUAUAAAUAAAGUCAAAUAGAUCUCUCCAUUCUAAAA